CACCAACAGCAGCAGCAGCAGCAGCAACUGGAGGUUCGCCGGGGGUCAGCAGCGUGCUGCUGGACUGUCUGUCUUCUUUCUUUGGCAUUUCUUUGUCUCUGCCCAGCCGCAUUAUCUUCAUCACUUCUGCUGUUGCUGCUGCAGCUCCCCCCGGGCAGGCCAUCUACGCAGCAACAAAAGCAGCAGCAGCAGCAGCAGCAACGGGCCUCAGCAGCGAGCUCCGCGGCACCAAUGUCCGCGUCGUUUGCGUAGCAAGGGUUCUUAAGGGGCCCCGUAAGGGCACAAAAAAUGAGCCAGAGGGGCUGCUGCUGCUGCAGACGGAGCAGCACAGGUACUGGCAGCAGCAGCAGCAGCAGCAAGACAGCAGCACUGAGCUCUGCAAAGGCUGCUGGGGGCUGUCUGCUGCUUUGCUGCUGCAGCACCUGGCGCAGCAGCUACAGCUCUCUUCUCGCGGAAGCCACUUGCUGCCAAAAGCCAAAGGCCUCAAGGGGCUGUGCAGCAGCAAGUGCUUGACAGCCAAAGCGGUAAGCGAGCAGCAAACAGAGCAGCAGCAGCAGCAGCAGCAGAAGCAAAGAGAGCAGCAGUGGGCCUAG